AUGAACGACGUGGGUGAAAUGGUCCCGCUCGUGCCUUCCCUGCAAAACAUCGUGGACCAGAAAUCCCUGAAAUGGGUGUUCGUCGGCGGCAAGGGCGGUGUGGGCAAGACGACGUGCAGCUGCAGUCUAGCCGUGCAACUGGCGGCCACGCGGGACAGCGUUCUCAUCAUCUCCACGGACCCGGCGCACAACAUAUCGGACGCCUUCGAUCAGAAGUUUUCGAAAGUGCCCACGCCAGUGGCCGGUUUUCGUAACCUGUACGCCAUGGAGAUCGACCCCAACCUGGGUUUCUCCGAGCUGCCCGACGAGUACUUCGAGGAAGGCGACCCGUUCCGUGCAAGCAAGAACAUGAUGCAGGAAAUCCUGGGCGCCUUUCCGGGGAUUGACGAAGCCAUGAGCUACGCCGAAGUGAUGAAGCUGGUGCGAAGCAUGAACUUCUCCGUCGUCAUCUUUGACACGGCGCCCACGGGACACACGCUUCGGCUCCUCUCCUUCCCGCAGGUGAUGGAGAAAGGCCUUGGCAAGCUUCUGCGUCUCAAGUCCCACCUGAGUCCGUUCAUCUCUCAAGUUGCGGGUCUGCUUGGGCUGCAAGACCUGACAGCGGACGUCAUGUCCUCCAAGGUCGAAGAAAUGCUGCCCGUCAUCCGCCAGGUGAACGAACAGUUCCGUGACCCCGACCAGACGACCUUCGUGUGCGUCUGCAUCGCCGAGUUUCUCUCGCUCUACGAGACAGAGCGCCUGGUCCAAGAACUGACAAAGUGUGGCAUCGACACGCACAACAUAGUUGUAAACCAGCUGCUCUUCCCGUGUGCGGACCAGGCGCCGUGCAAAAUGUGUGCCGCGCGUUGUCGUCUGCAAGCAAAGUACCUGGACCAGAUUUCGGACUUGUACGAAGACUUCCACGUGACCCGUCUGCCACUGCUCGACCGUGAAGUGCGGGGUGCCGACCAGGUACGCGCUUUUUCGCGCCAUCUGGUGGUACCUUACGUCCCCGGAAAAGAUGUCUAGUGUGGCGCUGCAAAGAUUUACGUUGCAGAGUGGUAUCUGCCGUCGUCCUGUUGUAGUCACUUCUGAGAGCCUGCCUCAUUGUCUGGAGAUCACUGGGCUGCUACCCAUCAAGACAAUUGUGCCUCGGAGAGCGAUGUGCUUCACUUUCGAUUUUUGUGGUGCGGAGGAGCUAUGGCGAUCUAGUGGGACACUUCAUGUGUGCAAGGUGUACUCAUGUUGUAAUAAAAGAUACUAUCCUACUAACAAAACAUGAGUUUUUCCUUUUUUGGAAGGGUGCUAUCAGCUAUCAGCAUGCAGAGGGCACAUAAUCCAAAUAUGUCGGCGAAUAAACUAUAUAAACCGAAUUGAAUAAAACAUUUAAAAAAAGACAAAGGUGUAUAACCUGGGGUCCAAACUUAGGUCUCCUGAUGAGUGGUCAGAUUUGUCAGGCACUGAACCAGCACUACCUUGACAUUAUUAUUUGGUAGUAUAAUGGUACAUACUGCAUACUUCAAAUCGGGCACGUAAACAGGGCCCCCCCCCCUGAGAUGUAGGAAAAUAAAAAAAUGGACAGAACAGCAAAGUCUACUAUGGUCUACUAUACGGAUGUCAUUGACCAACUCGCCUGCGUUUUUUACCUUUCUUCACAAAAGUCGUUCUUGUCUUUUCUUUUACUUUUGUCACACGAAAUAUGUUGUGCUUCAAAAUGUCACACUGUGUCUCUUGGUAGUCACAUUUGGUUGAUUGGCCGAUUUGGGAUCGGAGAGCGCUUCAUCUCCUCAGCCUGCCAGUGUCCAGUGUUAACGUUGAGAGGGCAUUCUCGAAGCCCAGGGUCAUUAACAGGAAAGAAUGAGGAUCAACGAGGAGAACCUGGAAAAGUACACAUAUGUCUACUAGAAUGAGAUUACGCAAUCCUGAUGUACAGAAGGUGUUUUUUGUGCACUCACUUGUUUGUACUUCUUUUUUUUUAUGCUUGCACACAAUUACCAAAUAAAGUGUCAAUGUUUUUUUUUUCAAUG